AACAAACACGGAAAUGAUAAAAAAGGACGAUUCGGCUCACCUUUGACGGGCCGUUCCGUGGUGGACACUUUGUGCUCUUUAGCGGACAUUUUGUCACCGAACCAAUCGAGACGACGCGGGAGCGGACGCCCGCUCGCGCUCGCCCGCCCGGGCUAGCCCUGGCUAGCUAGCUAGCCGUUCUUCCGCGCGUCUCGCUGCACUUUGACGCCGCCGAUCCGGGCUGCAGGUCGGCUAGAGUCCAGAGAGGACAGCGGCAAGGGCGGGGGUCUUUGACUUCCUAGUGACGGUGGCGGUGGUGGUGGUUAACGUACACGGCGAGCGCAGAAAAAGGAGGAAGGAAGGGAGGUGGAAGUGGGACGCGGUGCCAGCGCAUGCGCAAUCACGCGGGUCCAAGCGACUUUCAAUUUCUCGCCCGGUUGAACUGACCAAAGUUCCUUUGUUCCAUUUAAAGAAUAAAUAAAAUCACAUUUUAAAUACCGAGGACGUCGAUCUUUGAACUACAAAACAAUCUGACAAAAGCAGCUAUGAUGAUAGCGCUUCGUCGUGACGUCACCUCCUCCAGUGCUACCUGACGUCACCAACACGCGACGCGAUGAAGAAAUGAAACUCAAAACGGCGACUGCCCCGAGAAGACGGCGAAGACCACUUAAAGUUAGUUUUAAAUAUUUUUUAUUUGACUUUUAGUGAGCGUCGACGAAGAAAGACCCCUUUUGCAAUCGGAAAUGUCAGGCCGCAACAACCGGAAAAGGGGAAUUCCAGAUAGGUGGACACACUACAAAGCGAUGGGCAGGCGAAUCCACGGUACUCGUUUUUUGGCCUUCAAGGUUCCUCUCAAGGAGUCGUUCAACCAGAUGCUAGCGCCCUCUCAGGUCUUUGGACCGCGGGAGCUCCUGGACGCCGUCCGACAAGAAGGUCAUGAGCUGGGCGUGAUCUUGGACCUGACCUACACCACGCGCUACUACGGACCAGGGGACCUCCCGCCGUGGCUGGAGCAGGUGAAAAUCAAGACCGCGGGUCAGGUCAUCCCUGCCGAUGAUGCCAUCCUGGCCUUCAAGCGAGCCGCGCGCCGAUUCCUGCGGGACAAUGCCGACAAUGACAAGCUGAUCGGUGUCCAUUGCACGCACGGACUCAACAGGACGGGCUACAUGAUCUGCAGGUAUCUGAUCGACAUGGAAGGGAUGGAUCCCGGCGAGGCCAUCCGUCGGUUUAACUCUUGUCGCGGUCACAACAUUGAGAGAAGCAACUACCUGAACGACCUUCUCCGAGGACCCACCAGAAGCAAUGAAGGCGUGGAUGAUGAGUGUGCGUCCGGAAGCCCAGCGGAUGUCCGAAGCGGCGCCGAGCGGUCGCCCAGGAACUGGUGCCGCGCUGACGACGGCACGUACGGGUUUCCCCCCCUGGGCGACCCGAGACCUUAUCCGCUUCAGUGGCCCCGCCAACAUACCUCUUCGCAGUAUGGCUUUUCCCCACUGGGAUCUGAGGAGAGCCGCCCAUGUAUGUGGCCCCGCCCCCAAUAUUCCCAGCGCCCCCGCCCCCAACAUUUCCAGCGCCCCCACCUGGAGCAUCGCCAGUCGCCCGUGCGUCCCCCCACCCUUCACCGCUACGUCCCCAGGUGGGCCGAAGGGCAAGGCGCCGAGGCCCAUACGGAACGUGAAAAUUGUUGGUUUUAAAGCCCUCACUGGCCCUUUUAUUUACUUGCCAAUUCAAAAAUAAAAUUUCUUCUUCUAGCCAGGAUGCAAUUCCACCAAUGAGUUUAUCACUAGUAGACCACCAAUCUAUUUGAAGCGGGAGGUUGACAUCGAAUGAACGUUUGUUCAUUUGCCGCCAUCCUUCCCACUUCUAGCACCAUCAUCAACUAUUUUGUUCGUUGCAAAUCUCUUCCAUCCAUCCAUUCAUUCAUUAUCUUCCACUCAUACAAAAUAUUUUUUAAAAUUGUAUUUCUUUUCAUUUAUAGAAAUGUUUAAUACCAAAAAUAAAUACAGCAAAUAUUUGUUUUUUUUCAAGAAACUUUUCUUUACAUU